AUGUUCAACACUUGUGAACACCAACCCUUGCCAUUAAUGCAUGGUGAACAAAUGCGCUUGAUGAUAUACCCCAAUGCUGAACCGAAAGCCCACCACACACCAAUCCCAGUCCCACUACACUGGCAAUCAGAUGUUGAGACCGGCCUUGACCAAGAUGUCGUGUUAGGUGUCCUAGAAUCCGUCCCUGUCGGCGAGCCAGUGUCUUGGUGCCACCGCAUGGUACUGUGUGCGAAGAAAAACGGCAAACCCAGAUGCACGGUUGAUUUCCAGGCACUUAACCUCCACGCUACUAGAGAGACCCACCACACCCAAAGUCCGUUUCACCAAGUGCGCUCCAUUCCCAGUGGCAAAAAGAAAUGUGUUUUCGAUUGCUGGAACGGAUAUCGAUAUUAUCACCCCUUGCGGACGCUACCGAUACAAAACUGCACCACAAGGGUAUAUUGCAUCUGGCGAUGGGUACUCUAGAUGCUUUGACGAGAUAGUCUCGCACAUACCUGACAAGACCAAAGUUAUUGGUGAUACACUCCUUUGGGCAGACAACUUGACCGCCAGCUUUCACCAAGCAGUUAAAUGGCUCGAUAUAUGUGGGCGUCAUGGAAUUAUCCUAAAUCCUGAAAAAUUGUGUUUGGCCAAGACAACGUUGAAUUCGCGGGCUUCGAGAUCACUCUCACCAAUGUCCGGCCGUGCGCACGAUACCUGGAUGCAAUCCGUAACUUCCCAACACCAACUAAGAUCACGGACAUACGAUCUUGGUUUGGUCUUAUCAACCAAGUAUCAUAUGCUUUUGCCGCAUCGACCCGCCCUGAAGCCCGGUACACCCUUCAUCUGGAACGAGGAACUGAACAACUUAUUCAACGAGUCGAAGACAGUCAUUGUUACCGAAAUUGAAGAAGGCGUCCGUAUUUUCGACAAAUCUAAACCACCAUGCCUGGCUACAGACUGGUCGAAGAGUGGCAUCGGUUUCUGGCUCUUACAAAAGCACUGUUAA